AUGGCAAGGCCCAGCCACAGCAGCUACGUCCUUCAGCAGCUAAACAACCAAAGGGAAUGGGGUUUUCUCUGUGACUGUUGUAUUGCAAUUGAUGACAUUUACUUUCAAGCACACAAAGCAGUUUUAGCUGCUUGCAGCUCUUAUUUUAGGAUGUUUUUCAUGAACCAUCAGCAUACUACUGCACAACUGAAUCUUAGCAACAUGAAAAUUAGUGCUGAAUGCUUUGAUCUAAUUUUGCAAUUUAUGUACUUAGGAAAAAUUAUGACAGCUCCUGCCAAUUUUGAGCAGUUUAAGGUGGCAAUGAACUACUUACAGCUAUACAAUGUUCCUGACUGUUUAGAAGACAUACAAGAUGCAGACUGUUCUAGUUCAAAAUGUUCAUCUUCUGCUUCCAGCAAUCACAAUAACAAAAUGAUAUUUGGAGUACGAAUGUAUGACGACACCAUAGCAAGAAAUGGCAGUGAUGCAAACAGGUGGUGUGUAGAGCCAAGUUCAACUGUAAAUACAUCACAAAAUAAAGAGCCUGAUGAAGAAUCUUUACAGUUAGGCAGCUUUCCAGAACAGUUGUUUGAUGUUUGUAAGAAAAGCUCUGUGUCCAAAUUAUCCAACCCAAAGGAUCGUGUAUCACGGCGCUUUGGAAGGAGCUUUACCUGUGACAGCUGUGGAUUUGGUUUUAGCUGUGAAAAGUUAUUAGAUGAGCAUGUGUUAACCUGCACUAACAGACAUUCAUAUCAAAAUGCAAGGGCAUAUCACAGGAUAAUAGAUGUUAGAGAUGGAAAAGACAAUAAUACCAAAACUGACUCUUGUGAAAAGGAUUCUUCCAAACCAUUUUCUGCACAAACAGACAAAUAUAGAGGGGACACAACCCAAACCACCAGUGAUUCAUCAUCAGCCACGGGAAACAGAAAAAGCAGUACAGUGGAGUCUGAAAUAGCUGGUGAAGAAAAGAGUAGAGCUGCCGAGAGAAAAAGAAUCAUCAUCAAGAUGGAACCAGAAGAUCAUCCUAAGGAUGAAUUCAAAGACUUCAACGUUAUUAAAGUUUCUGAUAAAGAUUGCAAUGAAUCCACAGACAAUGAUGAAUUAGAAGAUGAACCUGAAGAGCCAUUUUAUAGGUAUUACAUUGAAGAAGAAGUCAACAUGAAGAAAAAUGCUAGGAAACUUUUAAAACCUCGGAUGUCUGUGAACACAGAUGAAAGAAACAGUUUGGAAAAUGCAAGACACCCUAACAAGGAUAGUCCUGUUCAAGGAGAUACUGAAGGUGCAUCAUGUGAACUGUGUGGACAAACAAUAACUGAAGAAGAUCUGUCAUCUCAUUAUUUAUCAAAACACAUAGAAAAUAUCUGUGCUUGUGGGAAAUGUGGUCAAAUAUUAGUCAAAGGUAGGCAACUUCAAGAACAUGCACAAAGAUGUGGAGAACCCCAAGACUUGACAGUAAAUGGGUUAGGAAACAAUGAAGAAAAAAUGGACAUGGAAGAAAAUCCUGAUGAGCAGUCUGAAGAAAUAAGAGACAUGUUUGUUGAAAUGUUAGAUGAUUUCAGGGUCAAUCAUUUCCAAAUAAAUAGUCUCCCCCAAAAGCAAUUAUAUAAACAUUCUGCAUGUCCUUUUCGAUGUCCUAAUUGUGGGCAGCGUUUUGAAAAUGAAAACCUAGUGGUUGAGCAUAUGUCUAGUUGCCUAGACCAAGACAUGUUUAAGAAUGCCAUUAUAGAAGAGAAUGAAAGAGAUCAUAGAAGAAAACACUUUUGCAAUCUUUGUGGAAAGGGAUUUUAUCAGCGUUGUCACUUAAGGGAACACUAUACAGUCCAUACUAAGGAAAAACAAUUUGUCUGUCAGACCUGUGGAAAGCAGUUUUUAAGAGAACGUCAGUUGCGACUUCAUAAUGAUAUGCACAAAGGCAUGGCCAGGUAUGUCUGUUCCAUUUGUGAUCAAGGAAACUUCCGAAAACAUGACCAUGUACGGCAUAUGAUUUCUCACUUAUCUUCCGGGGAGACUAUAUGCCAGGUCUGCUUUCAGAUAUUCCCAAAUAACGAACAGUUGGAGCAGCACAUGGAUGUUCAUCUAUAUACAUGUGGAAUAUGUGGAGCAAAGUUUAACUUACGAAAAGAUAUGCGAUCUCAUUAUAAUGCCAAGCAUUUGAAAAGAACAUAAGUGAUUCCUACUGUAAGAGUAUUAACUUGACAGCAAACAAAACACCAAAGCAAGGAAUAUGAUAUAUUAGAAUUUGAUUUUAUAAAAUGAAUUGUUGGGGAAAAGUAUAUUUUAUGACCU